AUGGAGAACCAAACAGUGACAGAGUUCAUCCUUGCAGGCUUCACAGACGUUCGCUGGCUGCAGAUCCUGCUCUUCUUUCUGCUUCUUGUCAUCUAUCUCCUGACCCUGCUGGGGAACCUUGUCAUCAUUGCCAUCACCCUGCUGGACCACCGCCUCCAAACUCCCAUGUAUUUUCUCCUCAGGAACUUCUCAGUCCUGGAGAUUGCCUUGAUCUCCACCUCCAUCCCAAGAGCUCUGUUCAACCUGGCAUCAGGUACCAAGUUGAUAUCUUGGGAAGUGUGUUUUGCCCAAUGCUUUUUCUAUGUCACUGUGGGCACUGCCGAUUUAUUUCUGCUGGCGUCCAUGUCCUUUGAUAGGUAUGUGGCCAUCUGCAAGCCCCUGCAUUAUGCUUCCAUCAUGAGCAAUCAGCUGUGUACCCAGCUGGUGCUGGGCUCCUGGAUUACAAGUUUUCUGUAUGUUAUUGUCCCAUUUAUUCUGCUGGCUCGGUUGCCCUUCUGUGGACCAAACAUCAUUAAUCAUUUCUACUGUGAUAGCAUGCCGGUGGUUAAACUUGCCUGCACAGAUACCCAAAACCUACAGUUCUUUGAUUUCCUUUUGGCCACAGGUAGUGUCCUGGGUACUUUUUCCAUUAACAUCACCUCCUACAUCAAGAUCUUCUCUGCGGUGCUGCGCAUCUCUUCUACCUCUGGAAGGCAGAAAGCUUUCUCCACAUGCAUCUCCCACCUCAUUGUCGUCACCAUCACAUACAGCAGCUGCAUCUUCAUGUACCUCUCUCCCACGGGCAGUGGUAGAAUGGACCUCAGUAAAAUGGUAGCUGUCUUCAAUCAUGUCGUGGGACCUCUGCUUAAUCCCUUUAUCUACAGCCUGAGGAACAAACAAGUCAAAGAGGCCUUGAAAGACACUAUUAGCCAGAUGCUGAAGUUUGUAAAAGGUGCAAAAAUGUAA